AAGAAGCAGUGGGCCAUGCGCGUCUGUGUAUGCGGAAGUUCCAGCAGCUCGACGCCUAAGGCUUAUCUUGACGCCAGCAAGGAGCUGGGAAGGUUGUUGGCAGAGAGGGGACACAUCUGUGUCAACGGGGGAGGUAAAACAGGCUGCAUGGGAGCGCUCAACGAUGGAUGCAUCCAUGCUGGCGGGACCACAAUUGGCGUAAUACACGAGAUGUUUGUUGUGGAUGGCGAAGAACACACAGGGUUGACGCAGAUGAUCGUUGCCCGCGGUGAUUGCCUGGCAGAGCGAAAGAAAUUACUGGUAGAGGGUGCCGAUUGUGUCAUUGCACUGCCAGGAGGUGUGGGUACGUGGGAUGAACUUUGGGAAGUUGUUGCAGAGGUCUCUUUAGGGUUCAAGAACAUCCCGAUCGUUGUGAUCAACACGAAUGGCUUUUACGACAGCUUCAAAGCGAUGCUUGCCAAGGCCAUGGAGGACAAGUUGAUUUACAAGGGCCCUGAGACUCUUGUUCGCUUUGAGUCAAGUGUAGUGGCAGCACUGAACUUUGCUGAGAGGAUGCACUGGAAGAAAGGAGCACAGAACCACCAAGGCUGA